CUCGACUGAGAAAGAAGAAACCACUAGAGGUCACUGCAAUACAAAGGAUCAAGAAGAAAAAAAUCAUAAUAAUUACUGCCUUGGUAGAAGUGUGGGCCUGACACUUAAAAAAAGGACCGGGAGAAGCUGUGUGAGUUCAUCCACAGUGAUAAUGAACGCACAGAAGAGAUCACGAGCUCAGGCGGAAUGAAUGUGUUUUGGAAAUGUCGGAGACAGACAGCGCGGUGACUGAGGCUGGACGCUUUAUCAGUGAGAACUUAAAAAUGGAUGUGUCAAAGAGGAUCAUUAGAAAUCUGGAACCAGCGAGACCAUUGCGCCGUCUGAACAUAAAUCAAGUGCCUCAAAGCUAUGCUGAAAUUAAGCCGGUAGAAAAGCCAGACAAUGUUAUUAAAGUGGAGCAUUUCUAUGAAAUCCUGCAUCUUCAAAGCACCAGCACCCAACCAAAGAAGAAAGCCGAAAGAAUUUGCUACACUCGGGACUUCCUCAUCAAGUUGGCAAAUUGUCCAAUGGCUAAGAAGAAACCUGAGUUUUUACCAGAACAUCCAAUCGUUUUGGAGAAUGGAAGAACAAAUGAUGUGCCUGAAUACUUCAUCAACAACUACAACAACAAUGAGGACUUGGCUGCCUAAUGUGGGGAAUUUCUUACAGUCUUUUUUUUUUAAAUUGCCCUCAAACUGCACUGCAUGGGGACCAAGUGGAAAGGAUCACAAGUUAAAUUGAUAACUUUUAUGGUUAUGAAGGGUACAAAAACAUUUCAUCUAAAGCUUUUCAAUGAAAACAGAAGUGAUGUUAAGACAAACAUUAAUACAGCUAAGAAAUUCUAAAAAUGUCUAACAGGUGUUGCAAUGCUUGUUCCUGACCAGUCCACAGUACAGAGAGUUAAAUGAUACUGACAGCACUGAUGCCUUGAGCCUUGCAAAAGAUUCCACAUCCUAAUGUAAUUUGUAAUGGUAAACUCAUUCUCCGUUCUUGAUCAUACACUUUAAUUUUUACCUUAUCAAACAUUUGUAAUGUCAAACUCAGGCUUUUGAUCCUUGCCUAAUGUAGGUUGUGCUCUAAAACAGUUGUUCUGGAUUCAUGGUCUGUGGUGUUAAAAUUCAGUUUUUGUGGAUAUUUGGUCUUGAAGUGUUAAAGAUUGAAGUGCACCUUAAAUUUUAGACUGACUUCUGGCAAGUUCAUAUGCCUGAGUUACACUUGCACUACUAGAGAGUCAGAUUGGAAAUGUUUUCACUUUCCUUAACUGUAUUAAGACUGGACAUUAUAGAGAGAAUGAGACUGGCAAGCAAAACACUCAUUAUCAUUUGACAAUUAUUGAGCCUGUGGAUGGGUAAUAAUAAGCUUUUUUUUUUUGUUUAAAGUAAAGUAAGCUAUUUUCACUCGCAAGCAUCGCACUUGAAAAUAGAUUUCUUUGUUUAUAUGCAAAUGUCUUAAAUUUAUUUCACUCAUUGCUGUGAAGUGGUUUGGAGCACCAAAUAAGUGUUUGUUACAGUACUGUAGCCUUUUCAGUAUUAUAAUAUUAUCUUAUUAAAGGGUAUUAGAGAAAAUGUUAAAAUAAUCGACCACUCUGGAUCAUAUGCAAAGAUUUUUUUUAAUUUUUAUUUUAUUUCCCCUGAUUUGCACAUCUGGGCAGAGGCAAUAUUUUUAUUUUGUAUCACACUGUAAUUUGUCAACUCAUUGUCUCAACUUGAAAUUGGAUUUAUUCCACAAAAUACACUCAGUAAAGAAACAUUUAUUUUACAUGCUGCUUAAUUGUUUUUUUUUUUUGUUUGUUUUUUUUUACAUGCGUACAUUUGAGCUAAAUGCAUACAGUUUUUUAUAUUGAAGAAAAAAAAAUAAUCCAACACCUGUCUGUGUUGAAGAACUGCUUUAUUUCAACCACACUGGUGGGUUUUUGAGCAUGAACUGCCAGUUUAAGACCCUGCUUCUCAAUUGUGUUCAAGUCAGGAUUUUGACUAGGCCACUCCCAACACUUAAGGUUUUUUUUUUUUGGAGUGAUUCAGAUGUGAAAUUACUCUUAUGCAUUGGAUCAUCUUGCUGCGUAAUCCUGUUGGGCAUGAGCUUCAAUUUACAGACUGAAGACCGAUUUCUCUCAAUUAUUUGUACGUGUUCCAGGCCCUGAAGCAUCCCUACACCAGUACAUUGCCAUAAUGCUUUUAAUGUGAUAAAUUCAGAAGAUUUUCCACAAAAUUCAAAUCCGCUUUAAUGGUUUAGCAGUGCUUUUUCCUUGCCACUCUUCCAUGGAUGCUGUUUUUGGGCCAGUGUCUUUCUGAUAACGAAGUCAUGAACAGUGGCCUUUAUCCAUGCUAGAGAGGCCUGCUGUUUCUUCGGUCUUUUGUGACUUCCUGUAUAAGUCUUUGCUGUGGUCUUGGAGGAAUUUUGGAAGGUAGGACACUUCUGGGACGGUUCGCUUCUGUGCCAAGUUUUUCCAUUUUGAGAUAAAGGCUCCUUGGAGUCCAAGAACCUUUAAAAUAGCUUUGUAACCCUUACAGAUUGAUAUACAUCUAUCACCCCCUUCCUCGACAUUUUCAGUAUCUCUUUCACCUUUAGCAUAGUGUGUUACAGGGUGAGACCUUCUAAUCAACUUAAUGCUGUUGAAAAAGUUGUAUUUAAGUGCUAAUUUAGUUUAACAGGGCUGGUAGGAAUUAAGCCUGAUUGUGUGUAGUCCAGCUGAACCAUAUGCAUGCAAAUUUGGGAAUUUGUAACUACAUGGGCAAAUACUUGUUCACACAGGGCCAGUUGGUAUUAGCUAACGAUUUUGUUU